GCGGGGGUUCGGAAGGGCCUGGACAUGGCGCUGAGGGGCCGCCCCGCGGGAAGAUGAAUAAAGGCUGGCUGGAGCUGGAGAGCGACCCGGGCCUCUUCACCCUCCUGGUGGAAGAUUUCGGUGUCAAAGGUGUGCAGGUGGAGGAGAUCUAUGACCUCCAGAGCAAAUGCCAGGGCCCUGUAUAUGGAUUCAUCUUCUUGUUCAAAUGGAUCGAAGAACGCAGGUCCCGUCGCAAGGUCUCUACCUUGGUGGAUGAUACAUCUGUGAUUGAUGACGAUAUUGUGAAUAAUAUGUUUUUUGCCCACCAGCUGAUCCCCAACUCCUGUGCCACUCAUGCCUUGCUGAGCGUGCUCCUGAACUGCAGCAGUGUGGACCUAGGGCCUACCCUGAGUCGUAUGAAGGAUUUCACCAGAGGUUUCAGCCCUGAGAGCAAAGGAUAUGCAAUUGGCAAUGCCCCAGAGUUGGCCAAGGCACACAAUAGCCAUGCCAGGCCUGAGCCGCGUCACCUCCCUGAGAAGCAGAAUGGCCUUAGUGCAGUGCGGACCAUGGAGGCAUUUCACUUUGUCAGCUAUGUGCCUAUCACAGGUCGGCUCUUUGAGCUGGAUGGGCUGAAGGUCUACCCUAUUGACCAUGGGCCCUGGGGGGAGGAUGAGGAAUGGACAGACAAAGCCCGGCGGGUCAUCAUGGAGCGUAUUGGCCUCGCUACUGCAGGGGAGCCGUACCACGACAUCCGCUUCAACCUGAUGGCAGUGGUGCCCGACCGCAGGAUCAAGUAUGAGGCCAGGCUGCAUGUACUGAAGGUGAACCGUCAGACAGUACUGGAGGCUCUGCAGCAGCUGAUUAGAGUAACACAGCCGGAGCUGAUUCAAACCCACAAGUCUCAAGAGUCACAACUGUCUGAGGAGUCCAAGCCAGCCAGCAGCAAGUCCCCCCUUGUGAUGGAGACAGGCAGGACCCCAGUGGCCUCUGAGGGCACCCACCCAGAUGGUGCAGAGGAGGUGGCUGGUUCAUGCCCGCAGGCUCCAACUCAUAGUCCUCCCAGCAAACCCAAGCUGGUGGUGAAGCCUCCAGGGAGCAGCCUCAAUGGGGUUCCCCCUAACUCCACCCCCAUUGUCCAGCGGCUGCCGGCCUUUCUAGACAAUCACAAUUAUGCCAAGUCCCCCAUGCAGGAGGAGGAAGACCUGGCAGCAGGUGUGGGUCGCAGCCGUGUUCCAGUCCGUCCACCCCAGCAGUACUCAGAUGAUGAAGAUGACUAUGAGGAUGAUGAGGAGGAUGACGUGCAAAACACCAACUCUGCCAUCAGAUACAAGCGGAAAGGAACAGGGAAGCCAGGGUCGUUGAGCAGUUCUGCAGAUGGGCAGCUAUCGGUGCUGCAGCCCAAUACCAUUAACGUCUUGGCUGAGAAGCUCAAAGAGUCCCAGAAAGACCUCUCAAUUCCUCUUUCCAUCAAGACUAGUAGUGGGGCUGGAAGUCCAGCUGUGGCAGUGCCCACACAUUCGCAACCCUCACCUACUCCUAGCAAUGAGAGCACAGACACAGCUUCUGAGAUUGGCAGUGCUUUCAAUUCACCUCUGCGCUCGCCUAUCCGCUCAGCCAAUCCAACACGGCCCUCCAGCCCUGUCACCUCCCACAUCUCUAAGGUGCUUUUUGGGGAGGAUGACAGCCUUCUACGUGUUGACUGUAUACGCUACAACCGUGCUGUCCGUGACCUAGGUCCUGUCAUUAGCACAGGCCUGCUACACCUUGCUGAGGAUGGUGUGUUGAGUCCCCUGGCACUGACAGAGGGUGGGAAGGGUUCCUCACCCCCUAUCAGGCUGAGCCAAGGCAACCAGGGGUCCAGCAGCCCAGAGGAGAAGGAGGUGGCAGAAGCUACAGACUGCAGAGAGAAGACUGGGCUGGUCAGGCCUGGUGAGCCCUUGAGUGGCGAGAAGUACUCACCCAAGGAGCUGCUGGCACUAUUAAAGUGUGUGGAAGCUGAGAUUGCAAACUAUGAGGCUUGCCUCAAGGAGGAGGUGGAGAAGAGGAAAAAGUUCAAGAUUGAUGACCAGAGAAGGACACACAACUAUGAUGAGUUCAUCUGCACCUUCAUCUCCAUGCUGGCUCAAGAAGGCAUGCUGGCCAACCUGGUGGAGCAGAACAUCUCAGUGCGGCGGCGCCAAGGGGUCAGUAUCGGCCGGCUUCACAAGCAGCGGAAGCCUGACCGGCGGAAACGUUCUCGGCCCUACAAGGCCAAGCGCCAGUGAGGACUUCUGGCCCUGACUGCAGCCUGCUCUUGCCGUGAGGCCCUCAGGAGGGGCCUUCCUUGUCCCACUUCUUUUCCCAGUAUUACUGAAUAGUUCUAGCCAGAGAGCUAAGGCCCUGGGAGUGGGAUCCAGCCCAUGCUUCCCGCAUCAAACCCUGGGGCCUGGCGAGGGGGUGAGUGGGCAGGUCAAUCCUGUCAUGCUCAGGAAGCAGCAGCUGGAGUUGGGCCACAGCAGGGUGCUGUGGCUUCCUCCACAGCUGGCUGUGGAGCUGCAGACCUGAUCCUUCUGCCUGGGCAGCAGAAUAUAUAUUUUACCUAUCAGAGAUGUCUAUUUUUUUGACCUCCAACCCAUCUUGCCAUCACGUUAGCAUAGCUGGCUUCCUGACUCUGCUUUUUCUCCUGGUAGCUGUCAUCCUGGUGGGCCCAGGUCCCUGAUCAUGCCAGGGUCACAGCUGUAGGGUCCCAGCUAGGGGCCUCGGUAAACACGGGCCCCUGCUACUCUAGCUCAGCCACUAGCCUGUCCCUGUCAUGAGGAAGCCAGGCCCACUCCAUUCCUCUUGAGAGAGUGCCAAACUCAGGGACAUGGCUGCUGGGCAAGACUGGGUGUGGAGUGUUCCUGUGAGGGUAGGAUGAAUGGCCUGAGUGGAGAAAAGUGUUGGAGCUGUUUGGUGGCCUGUAAAACUGUCCCAGUUCUACCUGGAGAUGUUGACACUGCUACCCAUAGCAAGGCUUUGGGCCUCUUGCUUUCAGUGUUGUGGCCCUGGCUUUGGGCCUACCUUGGGGUCCCAGUCGUUGUCCCUGGAGCUGGGGCUCAGAGGAGCCUCUGCCCAGCCCCUCAGUAUUACUGUGUCUCCCUCCUCUUAGGGGUAGCAGAAACAGGGCUGCUUGCAGAAAGCUGGCACCACUCAGCUCUCCCUGCUGUGCCACUUCCUUGGCCUCUGCUAGGCUCUCAGGGUGAGACAGCAGGAGCAAGACAACUAGUUGGAGCCUUUGUUCCCAGAGGACUGAUGCCAAGGGGUAUGGGCUCAGCAUUACCUCUGGAGCUCAGGCCCCAAACUCUCUGGUUUUGUAGGUGAUCUAAGCAGGCGAGCAGGCCCUUAUCUGUGUACAUAAUGACUGCAGGGGCUGAGCACCACCUGACCCCUCAGCUCCUGUAAAUACUGGAUCACUGAAUGAAUAAAACUGCUAAGAAAUGA